CACUUUGUGCUAAUGCUGAUGGAACUGAUAAAUAUAAGCCCUUUGUAAUAGAUAAAUCACCCAACCCACGGUAUUUCAAAUGUAUUAAAUGUAAUAGACUUAGUGCUAUAUAUGAGACAAGUAGCAAGGCAUGGAUGACAACUGUGUUGUUUCAACAGUGGCUUAAAGAAUUCGACUUGAAAAUAGCCGGUCGUAAAUUGCUUAAUCAGUAUGAAUCUGGAAAUGAUGAUAAAUUAAAUGUUCUUAAUGCAAUUAAGUUUAUUGUUCAAGCAUGGAAAGAGGUGUUAUCAGAAACAGCAUGUAAUUGCUUCCGGCACAUAGGGAUCCUUCCAGUUCAAAAUAAUAAAGAGCCUACUAUUAAUAAAAAUGACAAUGAGUUAAUGGAAGAAAUAAAAGCAAAUAUUGAAGCAUUUAAUUUUCGAAAUGCGAUGGAUUUUGAAGUCUACAUUAAUUAUGCAGAGGAGGAAGAUACAUAUGAAGUCUUGAAUGAUUAG